CCAGUUGGAACCCAAAAAAGUAACGGUUUAUAUCAUUCCUCUCUGUUCCUUUUUAAAUCUCUGAAAUAUACAAAGAAAUAUACAUUUAGCUCGACAUUACUUCACCAAUCAGUGUGGCUAGAGCAGCUUGCUGUGGAGCGGGCAUCUCCUCAAAAUGAAUUCUCUCUCAGCUUGGUUUUGGAGUGAGAGUUUCUGGCUUCCACCGAAUGUUACUUGGGCGGAACUUGAGCACCCACCACCAGGAGAGGAGUACCCCAGAGCUGGCCACCUACUCUCCUGUUUACCGCUGGCUUUUGGUGUACUGGCUGUCAGGGUGUUAUUUGAGAGGUUAGUAGCCAAACCCUGUGCCCACAUACUUCAGAUUCAGGCUGGAGUGAGCCGGCGAGCCCAGGCCAACGCUGUCCUGGAGAGGGUGUUUACAUCCACAACGAGUCCUGACUCGUGGCAGAUUGAGGGGCUGUCUAAGCAGAUGGAUUGGGAUGUUAGGAAAGUCCAGAGAUGGUUCCGACUCCGGAGGAGCCAGGACAAGCCCAGUACACUCACAAAGUUCUGCGAGAGCAUGUGGAGGUUGACGUUUUAUACCGGUAUAUUUAUCUAUGCGAUUCGCUAUCUGUGGGUGUCUCCUUGGACUUGGGACACACGGCAAUGCUGGUACAACUACCCAUUUCAGACGCUGAGUCCUGGCCAGUACAACUACUAUGUAGCUGAGCUGGCCUUCUACUGGUCCCUCAUGUUAUCCCAGUUCACAGACAUCAAAAGGAAGGAUUUCAUCAUCAUGUUUGUCCAUCACCUGGCCACCAUAACCCUCAUCACCUUCUCCUACUGUAACAACAUGCUGCGAGUGGGCACUCUGGUCAUGUGUGUGCAUGAUGCCUCCGACAUCUUUUUGGAGUUUGCCAAGUUGGCCAACUAUGCAAAGUACCAGUGGAUUUGUGACACCGGCUUUGUAGUGUUCAGCAUAGUCUUCUUCAUCACACGACUUGUCAUCUAUCCGUUUUGGAUCAUAUACAGUGUGCUGGUGGAGAGCUGGGAGAUCAUUGGUCCAUACCGGUCCUGGUGGCUGUUGAACGGCCUGCUGCUGGUCCUUCAGACUCUUCAUGUUAUCUGGUUCUACCUCAUCGCUCGAAUCGCCAUCAAAGCCAUAUUCAAGGGCAAGGUGGCAAAGGACGACCGCAGUGACAUCGAGAGCAGCUCAGAAGAAGAGACCGACACCAAUGUCAAGAUUAGGAACAAGUCACAUCCCAACGGUAGCGAACAAUCACUAAAGGAGGGCAAUGGGACCAACAGCUUUGUCAACGGUGAAACACAAGACCACUGAACACUGGGAGACGUGAAUAUGAACUGGACAAGGGGGGUCCAAAUGGAUCCACUCUGCUGUGUGCACAACAAUAAGUAUACUUUAACUCUUCUUUCACUUUCAGAAAAACAAACCCUUUCAGGAUUGGUGUGGUAGGACGAUAAAAUUGACAGUGACUGCUACCUUGGGGACCUCUAUUUAUCACUGUGUUUCUUUGUAUCAAGUUUACAACUUUGCCUUUGCUUAUAGUGGAAAUAGGGGAAGAGAGUUUUCAUAGCAGUUUUACCGGUCAAAUACAGCUUGUGCUUCAUUUUUUACAAUUUAGAGGAAUAGCUUUUUUUACUUGGAGAGAUGGCUUUAUCAAUGAAACUGGUAAUAUUUUAAUGGUUGUGUGAGAUUGUGUGCCUUAUUGAAUAUGCUGCCUCCCCUCAUCUGAGGGAAGAAAGAUACCAAAUAAAAAUUCUGUAUUUUUCUCAUUAAAAACGGUUAUUUAAACCAAUUAAUUAGUCAACAUCUUUUGACAACCAAAAUGAUAAUGAUACUAAAAGAACCUCAUGAAUGUAUUCA